GAAGACAAGACCAUUUGUACACCUUCGAGUGCCGUAAAGGAGGAGAAAUGUACAAAUGGCCAAACGAAAACGGCAAUCCACAUUGAGCUGACCAAACAGGAGACGGAAGCCAACUUCGAGGGAAGUGGCAAAACGGAAGAAAGUACAAAUGGACGAUGCGAAGGCUCCAACGGGAGCCAAGAAACGUGUAGAUCGGACGAACUGAGACACAAGCAACGCAGAAAGCAAUACACCCCUUUGCCGAAGAGAGAAGAAGACGAAUCGGCCAAUGUGGACAACGACGACAAUGAUGACAUUGAUGAAGAUGAAUCUGCAUGGGAGCAGGGAGAAACGGAAAAAGACCCUCCAGCUCUGGAAGAUUGCCAAGCCGGCGAGAGGAGUGAAGCAAAAAGAGGUCAAGAAAGUCCGAGCCAAUUCGACCUUUCCUGCACAGAUUGUUGCAUCUCUCCGAAACGAUCCUUCUUCACGUUUCUGCACUCUUCCGACCAACAUCGGAACUCUCGAGCUCUGGAACGAGCCGUGGAUGAAGAGAAGUGUGCUCGACUUGUGCGGGAGUUGAGCCAACGGACAAUGGAGGCGUGUCGUAGUGCCUUGGAUAGAAUUUAUGUGGACUCUGUCAAUUCAUGCGAGAAGAGCUGCCCUGUCGCCCGGGGCGACUGUGUUGCUGAGCCGAACCGUCGAAAACGACGUCAGCUGCUGACGGACGAGGCCAGCAGGCAUAUCGACGAUGCCAUCUCGUCGCUACAGCCCAAGUUGUUGCGGCUGAUUCGAGCCUCUUUUCUCGCCGAAGACGACAAAAAGGAGGAGGAGGAGGAAGAGGAGGUGGUGAUGGUGGAGAAACACGAAUGCGAGGAUAGUAACCGAGCGACAAAGACUCGACACCGGCCUCUAGAAAGCAUGGAUACAGCAGACGUGUCCAACAAACCGUUGGAUCUGGUGCUCACCGCCGCAAAAGACUGCGUCGCCGACGCUUGUCCGCCGGUCGACAUGGCUCUGCCACAUGCGGCUGGUCGGCCAUUUGUACAGAAUGUGACCACGACAACUUCCUCCUCGUCCUCCUCGUCUCCAUCUCCACCGCGGCCGUAUUGUGAAGAGCCGAUGCCUCCGCUUGCCUACACGUCACGAGGCAACGGAGACCGCGAAGUUUCCAACCUGUUGGAGAUCUUCUACUCGGGACUGACAAAUCCCACGUCGACGCAACCCAUGCCGAGGGGGGAGGUGGCCGGUGGGAGUGUGAAUGUGAAUCAACUCACCGAGUACUAUCAGGCCGUGGCAACAGCCGCCAUAUUCGGCCUCAAUCCAGCCUCGUUACAGGCUCUCCAGCCUCCCAGACUGACGGUGCCGAUGCCGCUGGCAGACCCGGCAACCGAAGGGGCCACCGCGUUUCCAUUCUUUGCGGCAAACCGACCGGCCGGACUCGGACUGCCCAGUUCUCGUUUGAUGGGACUUUGGAGCAAUGCGUCUUCAGGCAAUACAGAAACAAAAACCCUCGACGCUUCGGAGGAGAUUGGCAAAAGUGGCCGAAUGAAUAAUGGUGAAAUUGGCGAGCUGACAGGCUUGUUUGAGACCAGAUCAGAGGCAAAAGAAUCGGAUUGUAUGAAUGUGCAGAAUGCACGAAUUGGCCAAGUUGAGAUGUUGGAGAACUUGGCCGAUGAAGCCAACAAGUCACGGACCAAAGAAGAAAUGUCGAAUAACAUCUUCGCGGUAGUAUGGAAGGUUAAAAAAAAUGCACGUUGGGAGGCCAAAAUGUUGCAACAGUUUGGGCAUUUCGGAAGAAAAAUCGAAUAUUCUCGAUGCUUGCUAAUGCCUCCUAAACUGAGGUACAUUCUGGGCAAGAAGAUACGUGUGGGGUGCACAUUCUUGUGA